AUGGGAGGCGGAUUGAUCGCCGUCGAUCAGCGAGCAUCGGACGGCGGUCCGGUGCUGGAGCCGGGGGAGGAGGGCGAACCGGGGGAGGUUCUUCUGCACUCCCAGCCUGACGUCGGAUUGGUGCUCGGCGAAUCCGACGUGGACGAAUCAGGGAACCUCUACAUCACAUCCAAGCGUGUGGUGUGGCAUUCCACGCACACCCCGCACGGCAUCGCAGUCAGCCUGGUGGAUCUAAGUAUGCACGCAAUCUCCAGGGAUCUCGAGGCAUACCCCAAGCCCUGCAUUUACACGCAGCGCCUAUCGCUCGUUUCUGAAAUGAGGCUUGUUCCAAGAGACGAAGCUGCAUUGGAUGCCAUUUUCAAAGCGCUGUGCGACAGUGCGGCACUGAACCCUGACCCAGAAGGAGCGGAGCAAGAGUUGGAGGGCGAUUGGUACUAUAACGAGGAUGAAGUGUUGAGGAACGCACGAGUGGUGUUACCCGAGGGAGAUCCGGACCAGUUUGAAGAUGCAGAUGAGGAUGAGGAAGAGGAGGGAGCGGGUGCUGCUGCUGGAUCAUAG